AUGCCUCCGCCUGCUUCCCUUUCUCGCUCCGCUCGCUUUGAAAAUUCACAACCUCGAACAGACAUUUCAAACACGUUUAGUGAUACGGUGAAGCUCGAGGUUACCCGCUUGUUUGGCGUAGAAUGUUGGAAUUGUUCGACCACCGAUCCUGAAUUCGCCCAUGUUGUUGCACAGGAAGAUGGUCAACUAAUCAGCCCCAAGGUCCAACAUUGGAGAGAAGCCGGUCUGUUCCCGUUCUCAUUAAAGGCUGCGAUGAACUGUAUUCAGCUUUGUCCUACCUGCUAUACUGCUUUCGCCUGUUUCAAUGACCCCCGCUGGGUGUUCCUUCCGACAGAUUUGAACUUCUUCAUAAGACACGAAAUUGAAGAUCAGCAGCGCCGUGCCCAAGCUGAUCUACCAUCUGGCCGAAUAGUCCCAACCGCAAAGGACUACCAUGAUCACCUCGUCUCAAAAGACCUAGUGCCACACGACGCGAUCGGUGGACUAUAUCGCUGUUACUACCUAAACGAUUUCUUCCGUAUCGGCCGCUUUUCUAUCGAUUUUUUUAAGCUUCCUACUACCCCUAAGCCGUGGCACGGACACCCAUUAGCUACAAUUCGACGAGGGAUCGCUAUAUUAGGAAGUGCCCGCUGUUAUGCACUUGGCCGCACCACGAUCGAUGAAUUAACCACGCUACGCGACUUGUAUUUCAGCGAUAAGAAUCUCCUCGAUCCGAAGCUUGUUCAGCUAUACCACCUUCCUCCCGCAGAUAACAAGAGAAUGAGGAGUGACGAAGAGUCUGACCACCAUAAGAAGAAACCCAAGCUCACCACCAACGCAGACAAUGACGGGACUGUUCAGGAUGACGCACGCCACGUCCGCUCUCAAGCUGAGGCCUCGGGCCUGGUAGGCGCUAAGGCCGAUGCGUACGCCAGUACUGAAUGGGUUCUUGGACCCAGUACUACAGGAAAUGACGCGAUAAACCGAUUCGCGCCAGUGCUACAAUCCACAGACGUCACCUGGCUGCUUCGUUGA